GAAGUCUGUCCGUCACUAAGAGGCUUCCGUCACCGUGCAGCAGCAAACGUAAUCCGCCCUGUCAACGGUUGGAUGUUACACCGCCUGUGGCUCACUGUGAGGCGGAUUGAGCGGAACAUGAAGCGCUGGCCGGCUGGAUGAACGUUUAAAUUAAAAUUUAAAAUCAUGAGUGGGACCGUGAGAGGGAUUUCAGAGGACACGGACAGACAGAUUGUACAGGCUGUAUUUGACGAGGACACGAUGUCCUCCACCUCGGUGGGGAUGUCAGAUUUGUCCGAUGAGAUCCUGCUGUGCAUCCUCCGCCAUGUUCCAGUGUGUGAUCUGGUGCUGAAUGUGGCAAAUGUCUGCCACAAGUUACACACUCUGUGCCAUGAUAAGACCCUGCUCACAAACGUCAGCCUGUCUGAGGAGUAUCUGGCUGAUGAUCUGUUGGUUCGCCACAUACUGAAGCAGCUAGCCAAUCAGGUGCAAUCUCUCAGCCUGAAUGGUUGCUACUGGCUGUCUGGCUCUACAGUGGAGCUUCUCGCUCGCUGCCGAGGAGUGACGCACCUCGAUGUCACCGGCUGUCGCCUCACUUCCCUGCGUCUAUCCCGUCUCCUCUCCUCCCUCUCUCUGCUCAGAUCACUCGCUUUUGAUGUGACGCCAGGCUUCAACUCUGCUCAGCUCAGUUCCGAGGCGGUGGAUUCACUGAGCCGCCUGUCGGAGCUCAGACAGACACUGCUGACACCAAGUUAUGGUGUGGUGCCGUGCUGCGCUCAACUCCGCAAGCUGAUGCUGCAGUUUGACAUCUCAGACGUGACCAGAGAGGGUAUUGGUGUCUGCUGUCAGUUAAUGAUGGGUCAGAGCAGUGUGCCACAUUACCAACAGCUGGAGGAGUUCACUGCCAGGCUGGCUCCAGGAGAGGUAAACCAGACUUUGCUCCUGCUCUACCUGGCAGUGUUCAGCGUUCAUGUUCCAAAGGGUCUCAAGGUUUUCCUUGUGUCCAUUCCCGGUCCAAACCCUGCUCACUGGCCCGCUGCUCCCUCGCUGGCCCAGAGCCUGGGUCAACGAGGUGACCUGGAGGCCCUGCAGCUCCCUCGGUCCUGGCUGGAUUCAGUAUCCCUAAAGCGAGCCCUCGAGGGAAACAGCCCCAAACACCUGAGCUUCAGCCGCUGCCCGGCGAUGUGGCCACAGGUGUUCCAGUCGCUGCUGGAGGGAGGAGUCAGAGACGCCACACAGCUGACCAGCCUGAACCUCAGCGGCAUCAACAAGGUCCUGUACUCAGAGUGCAGGAGCGUGGAAGAUCAGCUGGUUCCUGCCACAAUGAGCCGGUUGGCAGUGGGCUGUUCCAACAUUAAACACCUGAACCUGAUGCACACACACUAUCAUCACGAAAACUCACCUGGGCUCGGUGGAGAAACACACCUGUGUGCCAGCUUGGCCAAACUCACACACCUGCGCUCUCUCACUUUACCUGCCUGCGCGCUGUCCGAUGCCUUAAACACACAUCAGAUCUCUACCAACAACACGUCUCCCUCGCCGCUGUUCCUGGGGUUGAAGAAGACUCCUCGUGUGGGGCUGCAGAACUACAAACCUGACUCAGAGUCUUCUCUGUCAGGGGACAGCACCUCGGGGCUCUCUCUGCUUGUAGCUGGCUGCCCAUUUUUAGAGACCUUAGAGCUCAUCGGUCCAGGUUUCGUCUCUGCACUGCCUCGGCUUGAGCCCUGUGCCCGUGCCAGUGUGGAGCCUCGCGGUAUGUGUGCGUGGGCACGAGGAGUUGGCGACGCACACCUGGCAGCACUCGGGGCUUUGCCUCGAUUACGUCGUCUGACUCUGGCGGGGCUUCCUGGGGUCCUUAGGGGGACGGGGCUGGUACAGCUGAGCAGGCAGUGCACAGACCUACAGGUAUUAUCGCUUGCCAACAUGGGAUCACUUAAAACCAUGAACUACACCCCUGCCUUGCUGGACACACUCACACAGUGCUCACAGCUACAGGAACUCAGGUUAGAGCAACCCUACCUGAAUGCCAACGCGUCAUUCUUCGAGGCUCUGUCCUGCUGCUCUCAUCUGCAGCGUCUCUGCCUUAUCUCACGCAGCGGGACCUUUGACCCAUCGGCGACAGAAAUCUUCAUGGAGCGAUGCCGCCAUGUCAUCAUGUGCCACAUGUUCAUGGGCGGCACCUUGGUGGCUUGUCGCACACUGCAGAAAGCUCUGCUGGACAGAUUUUCAGUGGAGCGCUCGGCUCUGAGUGUGGUCAUCUAUCCACUACAGCAUGAGGACCUGCCUUCAGUCAUCAGAGACAUCCCACUAACACUGCUGGAUAGGAUUACUCUGUUCCAGAGCCACGUGGCCCAGCCGCCACAUUUAUCACCAUUGUGACAUCACCACAAAGCUUCAGUGUGAUUGGUGCUCAACAGCUGAGGUGUUCAGACUGUUUUUAUUCUGCAGGAAAUAAAAUUCACAGAGUGAAAGCGUGACUGUCCUCUGCACGGUGAUUUGUUACAUCAACAACUGUUUCAGGCUGCUCUACAACAACACAUCAACCAUGAUUGUUUUUAUUUCACAUGAUGUUCUUCAAGGGAAAUUAGCCAGUAGGUAGUUUUAGUUUAUUGUG